AUGGCCAACGAACGCGAGAGCAAGACUUUCCUCGCCCGCCUCUGCGAGCAGGCUGAGCGUUACGAUGAGAUGGUUACCUUCAUGAAGGAGGUCGCCAAGCUCGGUGGUGAGCUCACCGUUGACGAGCGCAACCUCCUUUCCGUUGCCUACAAGAACGUCGUCGGCACCCGCCGCGCCAGCUGGCGCAUCAUCUCCUCCAUUGAGCAGAAGGAGGAGUCCAAGGGCUCCGAUAAGCACGUCGCCAUUAUCAAGGAGUACAGGCAAAAGAUUGAGACCGAGCUCGAGACCGUCUGCAAGGAUGUCCUCGAGGUCCUCGACGAGUCCCUUAUUCCCAACGCCGCCACUGGCGAGUCUAAGGUCUUCUACCACAAGAUGAAGGGUGAUUACCACCGUUAUCUUGCCGAGUUUGCUUCCGGCGAGAAGCGCAAGGGCGCUGCUACCGCUGCUCACGAGGCUUACAAGAGCGCUACCGAUGUUGCUCAGACCGAGCUCACUCCCACCCACCCUAUCCGCCUGGGUCUUGCCCUCAACUUCUCCGUUUUCUACUACGAGAUCCUUAACUCUCCUGAUCGUGCCUGCCACCUCGCCAAGCAGGCUUUCGAUGAUGCGAUUGCCGAGCUCGACUCGCUCUCCGAGGAGUCCUACCGCGACAGCACCCUUAUCAUGCAGCUCCUCAGGGAUAACCUCACUCUCUGGACCUCGUCCGAUAACGGCGAGCCUGAGGCCGCUGCUGAGGCCCCCAAGGCCGAGGAGAAGGCCGAGGAGAAGGCUGAGGCUGCUGAGGAGAAGGCUCCCGAGGAGCAGUAA